AUGACAGAGGUGCUGCACUCACCUUCUUCGUCGUCGUCUCCCUCAAUAUCUACGCCCACUCACAAUGCCGCGUUUCUCAACCAGACUCAGUCUUUUGCGGGUGAAGAGGGGAUUUCUAGUCUGACAGUGGGUGACUUAGAAGAAGAAGAAGAAGAGGAGGAGGAAGAGAACAGCGUGCGAGAGGAAAGGGAGAACGAUAGGAGGGAUCAGCUAUCUCUGUUAGCACUUCUUGUGACCCUCUUUAGGAAGGGUUUUUGGUUGGCCUGCAAAACGGAUAGACACAAUUUUUCCGGUGGGGCUGCCGCCGGUGGCGGCGGCGGAACCGGUGGUGGGGCUAUGGAGAUUGGUUGGCCUACUGACGUCCAGCAUGUUAAUCAUGUCACAUUUGAUAGGUUUGAUGGGUUCUUGGGUUUGCCUGUUGAGUUCGAGCCUGAGGUACCGAGGAGGGCCCCUAGUGCUAG